CUAGAAACAUAAAUAUGAAAUACGUUUGAUUGUACAUAAACUUUAAAACUAUGUGCGAAAGCGUGGAAAGCACGCCAGGAAGAAAAGCGAUGGUAGUAAUGGAGAACGUACACAAGGAAAUAUUUAAAAAGCCUGCGAUCUCAGCACACAAGAGACGGAAAAUAAAAGUUCUGGACGAAGACAGUUACGUAGAGGGAAUUGCGAAUAUUAUACAACGGGACUUUUUCCCGGAUCUGGAGAAGAUUAAGGCUCAGAAUGCUUACCUCCACGCAAUGCAGCAGAACGAUACUGUUAAGUUACGAGAGCUCUACAUGAAAUAUAGCGGUCGAAAGCCACCUCAAGAGAGGUUGCCAAGUCCGGCAACUUUUGAGACGCCCGCCAAUAUCCACAAUUCCCAACAACCUAAUGGGGAUGUACUCAAAGAGGAUGCCCCAGCGACAGAAAUAUGCACAUCUAAAUCAAAAAACCUCAACUUGGAUCAGUUUCUAAACUCACAUACUUCUCAAGACAACGAAAGUUUUGGGGAAAUCAUAGAAGCGGCGGAAAAUAAACACCGGGAAAAGUACAGCUUCUUAUAUGGAGAGGAAGAAAAAUCUGAAGAAGACAGACAUAGGUUGUUGGCAUUGCCUUCUGUUGAACAACAAGCGGCGUUGCCAGAUAAACCUUUUAAUGUUAAUACUUGGGGCUACAAAAAUAAAAACUACUUAAUGUACAACCCAGACGGGGUAGGUCUCACCAGAGAACAAGAAAUUGAGAUUAAACAGAAAAGGCAGGAAAUCACAUACGAGAACACCAGACUCAAGGUAAACCCAUUCAACGAAGUCAAAAGCAAGGAAACAAUAAAUGAACUGGCCAAAUCCCAGGCCAAAAUAUUGGAUGGAAAAAUUGGGGUCGACGGGAAAGAACUAUUAAAACCGGAAACGCCUAAAAUUGGAGGUUUUAGUUUUGUGAGGACUCCGUCUCCGUCACCGAGCACACUCGGCACCCCGUUAAUGACAUGGGGCGAAAUUGAGGGUACCCCUUUCCUGCUCGACGGCAGCGACACGCCUCUCCCCAGCAGGACAGCAGGACCUUCAUUUAAAAUGUCUGAACCGCCCAGGAGGGAACAAAUCGCUCUAGCGUUGGCGGAAAAAGUGGGAGAACAGAAUCGUGACAAGAGGAAAAAAGCCUUAGAUGCACAAAGGAAGAAGUUUUCUGACCCAUCUCCAAGACCAAAUACUUCCUCAAUCGAACGAUUAGCAACCAUGUCACCGGCAGCAAGGAGAUUGGCGACGUCUGGAUUAAAACUGGGAGUUCGGUCAGAUUUAGGACCUAACUAUACACCCUCCAGACCGACGACAAGUCCAAAGACGCGGAAUUUGGUUAGGACACCUACGCCUAAACGACUGAAAACUCCUAAAUCUUUGGGCAUUAAACAAGCCGAGUUCAAUUUGCAGAGUAAGGAGGUGUCCACUGAUGAUUUGUUGAACAUCAAUCUGCCAAUAAGGAAAAAAGCUUCGGAUUUUUUCUAAAUUCUGUACAUUCAUUUAAUUUUCAUAAGAUUUAAGUUAAUAUCUUGUAUUAUAAAAAAAAAGGUUAUUAAAUUUACAUA